GCGCGCGUUUUGUACAAGGCUGGAGGAGGCGGAAUACCCGAGUGGUCCUCUGCUGUGUUUGAUCGAGAUACGCAGUUUGACAAUGACGCCUAAUGACAGCACGGACGUACUGCAUGCCCGGGAAGCUCGCAGCCAGAGUGCCACUCGGAGGACUCUUAGCCGAGCAAGCAACAUGACCUGGAGUCGAUUGAAUAAAUCAGAGUCACCGCCAGCAAAGCAAGCAAAGGCGAGCCGAGACAGAGAGAUGGUCGGGGAGAGCAGGAGACCACCGCGGGCCAGGAGGAUAGGACCAAUAUAAAGGGACUGCAGUGACAAGAAACUGGACGAUUUCGGAGAUCUGGUGACGAGCUUCACUUGUUUGGACAUACAUUGGCCUCGCCUGAGUCUCGGGGUAAAUUGCCCGGUCUCCGCCUUGUCUCCGCUGUGGUUUUGGCAUUAAAGAUCAAGGUAGCGGGGCGCCAGGACAAGGACCGAGAGCAACACACAGACACAGAUACACACACAGAUACACAAACACACACACUGUGGGAAGAACGCGUUGAGUCGACGGGCGCUCUCCUUGGUGCUGAAAGCUCCAGGUCUAUUGUGUAAAGGUGAUGCCCGCCAGAGCUGAACAAUCCCAAGUGGUGCAGCAGCCAGAGGCCACCGGGAGCGCGGUGCUAACAUGCAGGAGCUGUUAGAGUCUCCGGUGGGGUCCUGCGCCGCUGUGUACACCCUGGCAGCAGCCUGUCUCCACAAGGUGGGCUGGCCCGGCACUGAACGUCGCCUGGCAUUCAGUUUUUAAAAGCGGGCCAACUUUACACUUUAGCGGCGUCGCUGGGGAACAACUGCGGAGGACUGAGAGGGGGGAACCUUGAGGUGAUCUGGAGACCAUGUGGUGACUUCGCCAGCUCCCGUCCAGCGACUCUUUUGCCUUCAUCGAAGAUGCGCGCUGCGUAAACAAGCGUAAACUGGCCACAAAUCAUCAGCAAGCGACCACAGGUAACCGAGCUAUGUGUCUCUAUCCUGCCCUGCGCCCGGCCGUGUGUGGGAUGGUAUUAACUAAUCAUCCUCCCCGGUUGCUGUAUACCCGCACGAAGUUGCAGGAAGAAAAUGCGGCGUGCCUGCAACUGGUGUCUUUAUUUUUGUAUCUAACCCCCCCCCCCCCAAUCCUGUGGAAUGCAACCUUUGAAUUUAGAGGGUCAGUUCUGACGAGCUGAUCAGAAAGAUAAUAUAUAACCCCUUCCUUCCCCCAGCCCUCCACAUACGCUCGCUGGCCCAGUGACCUUGUCUUUAUUCACUCGCCAUCUUUGGGUGUAAUUAACAUUGGUGAAAACCGUAUCAAUCACACCGAUUCGGACUGUGUCUGUAACACUGUAACAGGAAGGUCAUCGGCAGUCCCGGGGAGGACAAGACUUAUGCUCAGCACAAGGGGCGAUUUCCCUGUUUUGUCCACCCUCCCUCCCUCCCUCUCCCAAACACAGGCGGGUUUGUUUUCUGUUCAAGAAGUUUGACAUGUUUGUCGUAUUGCACCGUGAGAUCUGCAGAAUGAAUUCCUUUCCUUCUUGUUUUAAAAAUUCCGCCCUCCCCGCGGCUGUAAAGUUUGUGCAGUUUCUCCGUGCCUCCCCUAGCCGUGUGCCUGAGAUGCAGAUUCCGGGCUGCCAGCCCGUGUUGAGUGGUCUGCCCUUGGCUUGCCCUAAGUUGCCGGGGUCGUGGGUCAAGUUCCAUUGCAGGGGAAUGCUCCCGGUGCAGCGCUGACGGUGUGCUGCACUGCCCUUUUCCUCUGUCAGAAAAGACAACGCUAUUUGGAAGAAGAAUUAGUGGGGGGGUUAUCUGCUGGUGUCCUGAAGUGAUUUGUUUUUCAGAAAAAAAGAACAUUGAUUAUCACAUGCGAUGCAUGAAUUGACUGGCGCCUUGUACAAUUGCUGCAAAAGUGCUCCGGUAGCUGUCGGUCGGUACUGGAAUGGAAUGAGAGGUCCGUUUAUGGGCGGCUGCAGCCCAGCGCAGAGCCGGAGCUGGUGGCCGAGCCCAGGGACUGGUGAAGGAUGGCUCCCGGACCGCAUGCAGCCUGCGUGCUCCUGCUGGUGACCCGUGCCCUCCUCCUCCUCCCUCCCCCGGCCUCCGCCGAGCCGGAGGAGGACAGCCUGGGGGCUGACAACACCCUGGGGGCGGCCAACGGCGACAACGUGGAGUUCGACGACUACCGGGGCAAAGGCUGCGUGGACGACAGCGGCUUCGUGUACAAGCUGGGCGAGCGCUUCUUCCCGGGCCACUCGAACUGCCCGUGCGUUUGCACAGAGGACGGGCCGGUGUGCGACCAGCCCGAGUGCCCCAAGAUCCACCCCAAGUGCAGCAAGGUCGAACACAACGGCUGCUGUCCCGAGUGCAAAGAAGUGCGGAACUUUUGCGAAUACCGCGCGAAGACCUACAAAGUGCUGGAGGAAUUUAAGCCAUCUCCGUGCGAGUGGUGCCGGUGUGAGGCCAGCAGUGAGGUGCACUGUGUUGUCGCCGACUGUGCCGUCCCCGAGUGCGUCAACCCGGUGUACGAGCCCGAGCAAUGCUGCCCGAUCUGCAAGAACGGUCCCAACUGUUUUGCAGGUUCUACAAUAAUCCCAGCAGGGAAGGAAGUGAAAGUAGAUGACUGCACCAUAUGCUACUGCUCACAGAAUGGGGACUGGUGGAAGACAGAGCGACAGGCUACCUGUGUCAAACGCGAAUGUGAACGCCUGUGACCUGGAUGAUGCAGCAAACUGUUCCACCGAUAACUAACUGCCAGCAAAGCAGCACCUUUGUGUGCUGUAUAGCCAAAAAAAAAAUUGCCUAGCUCUACCCAUUGCAAUAGUCACCAGAAGAUUUAGAUUCCUGGUGCAAACACUGUUUGGUGAAACACUAUUUUUUUACAUUGUCAAUCAUCUCAAUCUACCUGUGAGUGCCAUUUCUUGUCGAAGAUUAAAUUGACUUUUUGACUGCUGAUUACAGAGACGUUUUCACUUUGCAAUUUUUACGUCUGUUGCUGUUGCUUCUUGUCUCAUCUGAAGGAUUUCUCCUUGUUCUUGACUCCACUGCCCAUUUGCACUUAACCAUUAGAGGCUGUUUGCAGGCAAACUGUGAUACAUUUAGAAAUUUUGGAUUUAGUUUAGCUGUGAUUUUCUCUGCAUUUUGCUGUCUGCUUCAUCUUCAUUUGACAAUUAACUGAGGGAAGUUGUCACAGGAAAAGACUGUUCAUUUUAUAGUCUUAUACACUGAUGUUGUGCCUGAAAAUGUAAAUGAGAAUAUUCCAAUGAAAAUAAUUUACAAUGUGGAAUUAUAGCGCAACUGUACUUAGUGUGGUAAAUAAGCAUAUAUUAUAAAAUAUAUUAUUUUGUUAAAUAUAAAUUGUGACAUUCUGCAGAAUGCGUUUUAGUUGUCCUUUUUUAUAUGAAAUGGCGCAAAGUGGAAGACACAGAUUGUUUACUGCUACAGCUGCUGAUGUUGCACUAUUGGAUAAUUAGUGGAGAGGAAUACAGCCAGACCUAAAUUUGACCCAGAUACAUGAUCAAUG